AACUAAGUUUUUUUAAUACUUUGUACAGCUUCGGUGUUUUCCGCGUUACGUAUAAAAAACUAAGUUUUUUAUACUUUUUACAGCUUCAGUCGGGUCAAUCCCAAUGAUCUUCGGCAACUUCCUGGUGCCAGUAGUCAUGUCACGUGCUGGACGGAAGGUGGCUCUCUAUGCUGUGACCUUGAUUCUCAUGCUGGGCUGGUUCGUCGUCAUUCUGGCCACCAGCUAUGAGCUGCUUCUAUUAGGAAUGAUGAUCCAAGGCUUCUCGUUCGGCAUGUUCAUGCCGCUCCGCUCCGUGUACAUCGGCGAGUGCUCCAGCCCACGCUACCGCGGCGGGUUCCUCACGUCCUCAGUCCUCGCCCAGAUCUUUGGCAUCCUAUUCGUCCAUUUCACCGGAUCCCUCAUCAGUUACCAGUUAACGGCUCUCUGCUGCAUAUCCUUCGCUUUAAUCAGUAUAAUCUUGACAUUAUACUCGCCAGAAUCUCCGAGCUGGCUUGCAACAAAGGGUCAGUAUGAGAGAUGCAGAGAGAAUUUCAUAUGGCUAAGAGGGGACGAUGAAAUACCUGAGCUGGAGAAAAUGAUAGAAACUGUAAAUCUUUUGGAGACGCAAGAGAGUACUCGAAACACAUUAAGAGAUAUGAUCGCAGUAGUAAAGAAGAAAGAAUUCUUCAAACCAAUUUUGCUAUUAUUUGCCUUGUAUAUUGUCAAUGCAACUUAUGUGGGAGACCGUACCCGAUGCAACUUACGCAGCCUACCGUACGCAUAUCGCAUCAUCGGCAGCCAAUCAGCGGCGAUAUCACGUCAUCUACAGCCCCUGUGA